CUUUACUAGGGUGAGGAAUGGACUUGACAUUGCCACCACUGAUUUCGGCGCCAAUUCCAAAUUUCUGCAAAAUCUCUUCUUCUUCAACGCUAUACUGCAAAAUUGUUCCUUUCUUCUUCCAUCCAGUGAAUAGUUCUCCUCCUAGAAGUUUUUCUUGUGUCAGAAAGGUUUCCAUGGCUUGGUGGGAAGGUCUAGAUGAAGCUCGUGUUCUUAUUGCAAAAGAGCCUUCUAAGGAUGGGAACAAGGUAGAGCAGCUUUUAUCUCUUCGACAUCCCAAAUCUGGAAAUGCAACAUGUUACCUUUGUGUUGAUGGAUCUCUUCAAGAACUUCACUGGUUCAAGCAAUCUCACGGGUCUUGGUUCCUUGGGGAUUAUGUAUGUGAAGAUGGUCGUUUGUAUACUGCAACUCCAGUCGAUCCAGUUUUUGUUCUGUUACCUAUUUUCGAAGAAGCAAGAAUGAAGAAAAAUGAUGAUCCAGGAAAGUUUAGGCAAGUGGAUGAAAUAAUUUAUGUUGUAGGCUAUCCUGGAUAUCAGCAUCUUUCUUCCAUUGCUGAGAACUGCAUGCAAGUGGUUUGUGAUGUCAAAGAUGUAGGAAUGACAAAGUUUUUCAGGCUUAAUGAUGAGAAGGUGCUAAAGUGGUUAUGCUUGAAGGUAAUACAAUUAAAGAAGACAUUGUUGACACUGGAUAAGAACUAUGCUGCUCUAGAUAAGAAAGAAAUAUUAACUGAUACAGUAUCUAUAAUUGGAGAGUACUUGAAGGAAGAGCCUUGGUUGAAGCUCCUCUGCAGCAAAUUAAGCAUAGACUUGCAAGAGGACACAAAAGCGUCAAAUUCUGAAAUUCAUUCAUCACCAAUGGAUAAUAGUUUCGAGUCCUUCAAUCACGAACAGCAGGAAAAGACUACUAAGAGCAAAAGACCGACUAAAAAGAUCAAAGCGGAGACCAACUCCCUUAAUAUCAAAGACAUGUUCAGUAGGGCUACUAGGCGUGGAAAAUGAAGUUAUGAAGCAGCAGAGCACAGAUAAACAGAACUAAGAGACUAAUCGGAGCAAGGUAUUAUGAAUGUGGAGAGAGGAUGACAUUUAAAAAUGUAAUUUGAACAGGCUUGGAAUGAAUCGGAUGGCUUAGUUUCUCUGAUCUGGUGUCGUUGUUGCUGAUGUAAACAGACGGCAUCUGUAUCCUCUUUACUGUUAAUUUCUAAGUGUAUGGUAUUCAUCACUUUGUACCUGCCCUGCAAAACCAGCUGUAAAUGCCAACUCUCUAUGAGUUUUGAAAUGGAGACAAUUUAUUGCUCUGUACUCAUGCG